AUAAAUUGGCAUUAUCAGUUUAUCACUUUACAGCUGCUUUUGUUUGCACCUACGUCUUCUACUUUCUGUCUGCCCUUGUCUCGUCUACACAAAAGCGAUGUGCUGUUUAAAGUUAAAACCAAGGACGUGAGAUGUAGUGGGAGUGAGAAAUAGACACGGUUAACACAUUACUACAUUUGGUGAGAUCAAAAUGGGAAACAAACCCGUGAAAGAAAGAGAAGAACCAGUGGUGAAGGUUGCACCGCCAUUGGACCGUGCAUAUGUACAUUGGCUUGCCAAAGAUCUUGAAAGAGUUCAUGGCUAUGUUCCUAAAAAACCGCGUGCAGUAAAGCCACCAGAUCAUUACAUCGAAUACAUGCGCAUGAAUGGGUGGCUAGACCUGGACCUAAAUGAUCCUGACCUCGCACAUUUGUUCAAUCAACAGUAAAUCGACCAUAUGCGAGUGGGUGUAAAUUCAUCAUGACAUGUACACUUAUACUUUCAAAUGUUUAAUACUGCUUUAUGACAUGUAGACUUAUACUUUCAGAUGUUUAUGUUUGAUUUGAUGACAUGAAUUGGUUUUGAAUCGA